UAUAGGAGUGGGUUAUUGGGGUGAUAUCAAUUCCUCUGAUCGUAGUAUUGUUAGUUAUUGAUGUUAAUGGGAACGACUUUGCGACUAGAAUUCUAGUGCUAGAGCAGAGUAUAUGAGAAAAAGAAAAACUAAUUUCCUCAUUCUGAGUAUAAAGACUCGUGUUUGGGAGUUGGUGCUGUGAGGAAGUAAUGGAUGAAGUAUCGAAUCAUCCAAUUCACGAUGAGCAAGCAACCAGUGAGAAUUCAUCGAAUCCGGGUGGUACGGCUGCAUCUGAGACUGUAGUUGUGGUAAGAUCUGAAGAAGCUGCUCGUGUUAGUGCAGAAGAUGGAGAUUCAAAAUCCGAGGUCAAUGUAUUGGAAACUAGUAAGGUGUUUGCGGAAGAACAGAAGGCGAGCGUUUCUGAACCAGAUAGACAUUCUUGUGCCAUUGAUAUUAAAUGCAGUGGUGGAACAUUGAGCAGUGAAAAUUGGGAUAGCGAGAAGAUUUGUAGGAUCUGUCAUUUAAGUUCCGAUCAGUCAUCUGAUAUGUCAGAUCUUAUUCAACUUGGUUGUGGCUGUAAAGACGAACUCGGCUUUUCACACCGUCACUGUGCUGAGACCUGGUUUAGGUUAAAAGGCAACAGAUGUUGCGAAAUUUGUGGUGAGACUGCCAAAAAUAUCACAGGCGUUGGCAACAACAGAGCCAUGGAAGAAUGGACCGGAAGGAGAUCUGUUGCAAGCACUACCAGCCAAUCAAGAAGGGGUGGAGGAUGCUGGCAAGGACAGCCAUUUUGCAACUUCCUGAUGGCAUGCUUGGUAAUAGCUUUUAUGCUUCCAUGGUUUUUCCGUGUAAAUUUGUUUUGACAGGGAUAUGAUCCGGAGAUGUAAGUUGUUCAUCAAACAUAAUUCUGCAUUCUCCUAUGUGGCUAUCAGUACUGUGUUUUACGGCUGGAUGUUAUGGUGUGAAUUUAUCCAGUCAAUACAUCUUAGUGCUUUGAUUUUUAUGACUUGGCAUGAAAAUUGAGCCUUUGAGUACAUCCAUCCAUAUUCCCAAGCCUUAAGAGUUGGAAGGUAUGGAUUCUUAGAUUCAGUACCAACAGAAGAUGAGGCAUUUAGUCAAUCAACCAUUCAAACAGGAAGUACUGCAGUGUGAUUAUUGCAAGGUUGCAACGAGGUUCCUCGGCCAUGUUGUCAAAUAAUUGUUAG